GCGGAGCUGCGGGAGGCGCAGCGCGACUACCUCGAUUUCCUGGACGAUGAGGAAGACCAAGGGAUUUACCACAGCAAAGUCCGGGACAUGAUCAGUGACAACCAGUAUCGCCUCCUGGUCAGCAUCAACGACCUGCGGCGGAAGAACGAGAAGAGGGCCAACCGGCUUUUGAGCAAUGCCUUUGAGGAGUUGAUCGCCUUCCAGCGUGCCCUGAAGGAUUUCGUUGCCUCUGUCGAUGCCACCUAUGCCAAGCAGUACGAGGACUUCUACAUCGGGCUGGAGGGCAGCUUCGGCUCCAAGCACGUGUCACCGCGGACGCUGACGGCGUGUUUCCUCAGCUGCAUUGUCUGCGUCGAGGGCAUCGUCACAAAAUGCUCUCUGGUUCGUCCAAAGAUCGUCCGGAGUGUCCAUUAUUGCCCAGCUACCAAGAAGACUAUUGAGCGCCGAUACACAGACAUGACAUCCCUGGAUGCUUUCCCAUCCAGCUCCGUCUACCCUACAAAGGAUGAAGAGAAUAACCCCCUGGAGACAGAGUUUGGCCUCUCGGUCUACAAGGACCAUCAAACCAUCACCAUCCAGGAGAUGCCCGAGAAGGCACCAGCAGGGCAGCUGCCACGCUCAGUGGAUGUCAUUCUGGAUGACGACCUGGUGGACAAGGUGAAGCCUGGGGACCGCAUCCAGGUGGUGGGGACGUACCGCUGCUUGCCAGGAAAGAAAGGGGGUUACACUUCAGGGACUUUCAGGACUAUCCUCAUUGCCUGCCACGUGAAGCAGAUGAGCAAAGACAUCCGGCCGCUCUACUCUGCUGCUGAUGUGGCCAAGAUCAAGAGAUUCAGCAAGAGUCGCUCCAAGGAUAUCUUUGACCAGCUGGCGAGGUCCCUGGCUCCCAGCAUCCAUGGGCAUGAGUACAUCAAGAAGGCCCUUCUCUGCAUGCUGCUCGGAGGGGUGGAGAAGGUCCUGGAGAACGGGAGCCGCAUCCGAGGAGACAUCAACAUCUUGCUGAUAG